CCAUUAAGCCCUAAUGAUUGAGAAUCGAUCAGGCGUUAACACCCACAUGCAUAUGCUAAUGAACCCGGGGGGCUUGGCCUUAUAUACAGGGCCGGUCCCCUGGGUUUGUCACAACACUCACUGGACUUUCUCGGAUACACUUGAACCACCAACAGGAGCUGAACAUGGUUAAGAACUUCUCCGUGGACUGGCUCGCCCAGAGCUAUCAUGACUCUAAGCAGGACCCCGAAGCUCUGGAGGAUUCUCCAGCUGCUCCCAAGCGCCACGUGCUUUGCUCGGUGCAGCCGCGGCCUCCGACCUCCUACGACAAGGUGUAUCUUCAGCCCAAGCCUAAAUGCCUCAGGACCGAGCAGAAGACACCUGUGGACAUGCUAAAGGAGAAAGAAUCUGUACUGUUUAAUCCAUCUCCAAGAAACUGCUCUUCUCCAAGCUCUUCAGAAAACAGUGGAUACUCCUCUGGAUACGAGAGCGAGGCAGCUUCUUCUGAAUGUCCUUCAGUUGAAGACAGCAACGAUGCCGACAAAGAUCUUGGCACUCAGCGCAGGGUCAGGACCAAGUUCACCCCAGAACAGAUCGACAAGCUGGAGAAGAUCUUCAACAAGCACAAAUACCUGGAUGCAGGAGAAAGAGUCAAGACCGCACUGAAACUCAGUCUGUCCGAAACUCAGGUCAGAACUUGGUUUCAGAACCGCAGAAUGAAACUGAAACGCGAGGUCCAAGAAAUGAGAGGAGACUACCUGGUCCCCGCCAUGACCCCCGUCCUGUUCCCCGGCGUUUCCCCGGUCCAGCACCCCUGCUACAGCGGACAGCGUGCCGCCCUUCCGCCGCUCAUGAUGUCCCCGCUGGCCUUCCAGCAAACCCCAAUGCCUCACCAGCACAUGAUUCCAUCGCAGACCUUCCAGCAAGCCAGCAGCCAUCAUCACCAACUCAUGAUCCCUCAGCACAGCCAUCCCAUGUUUUCAACGCAGCAGCUUUAUUACUAAAUAUGCCUAAAAUCAUCUUCGGAUUAUGUAAAGACUUGUAAAGAUAUUAUAUGCUGUUUUUUAACGUGCAAUUUCUGUACAUAGACGUUUUGUAAAGAGAAUUUUAAUUGAAAAUUAAUAGAUUGUUAUGGAAAAGAGAAAAGAGUUUAUUUAUUGAGAGAAAUUAAAAUAUAUUUGCUUUGAAAUUUA